AAUAUUCAUAGCGACAUCGUCCAUUUUGCAUACAUACAGUUCAACAAAUAAGGAUUUUUCGCAUCCACCAUGAUUCGCUCAAUCGUUUGGUGCAUUGUUUUGUUUGGCGCCGUAUUCGCGCAACAACAACAAGCUCAAAAAGAAGGACUUUCGGAGCCGGCUCCAGCGGAAUCCAGCCUGUAUGGGCGAUACCGAUCAGGUGGAUAUGGCGGUAACAGCUACGGCCACAUUGAUCCCCGCUACUUCGACAGGGGAGAUACUCCUCACUUUGGAUUGGCUGGAUUCCCUUUUGGAUAUGAGCGACGUUAUUACGGCCAAAAUGUGGUCUAUGACAAUUCGCUGGCUGGCUUCCCUCUGAAUUACUAUAACUACCAACAAGACUACAACAACAACAACUAUGGCGGUGGUUACAAUGCCGGCUAUAAAGGCUCGAGCUACAAGCCUCAGUACCGAUCAUCGGCUGCUUACAGUCUGCCCCCCAAAAGCUACGGAAGUUAUCCUUCAUUGGAGUACGGAGCUUAUCUCGGACAUGGCAAGCCGUCCAGCAACUACUACAGCCUGCAGUACGGCUACUAAGACAGUCUACUCUGUAGAUGAGGGCUUCAGUCGCCUGGAUCAGCUAAAUCUGCAACCGAUUCCGCGCAUGCUUUUCGAUCAGUUUAUAAAAUUUUUGUGGAUAAAAAAUUUAUUUAACAGAAUGAUGUAAUUUUGUACUUGUUUCCACUCACUACUCAAUUCAUGUGAUCGGCAAAGUUUUGUUAGCUAUUUUUAUGAAUGUAACUCAGUAAAGCUAUAUCCUCCAG